AUGGCUCGCUUCGAAGACGAUCUCCCGACCCGGUAUGGAGGCGGUGGCUCCCCAGCGGGUCAAGGCAGAGGGGCAAGCCGGCAGCCUGGCCCCCCGGGCGGACAGAGAGUGUAUAAGCAAACAAUGGCCCAAAGAGCCAGGACAAUGGCCAUAUACAACCCGAUACCAGUCAAACAGAACUGCUUCACAGUCAACAGAUCCCUUUUCAUCUUUAGCGAAGAUAAUAUCAUUCGAAAAUAUGCAAAGAAAAUAACAGAGUGGCCUCCAUUUGAGUACUUGAUUCUCGCAACCAUCAUAGCAAACUGUAUUGUACUGGGCUUAGAACAGCAUUUACCAGCUUUAGACAAGACACCCAUGUCAAAGCGACUGGAUGACACAGAACCCUACUUCAUCGGAAUAUUUUGUUUCGAGGCUGGGAUCAAGAUCAUCGCUCUAGGCUUUGCUUUUCAUAAAGGCUCCUACCUCCGCAACGGGUGGAAUGUUAUGGAUUUUGUUGUAGUGUUGACAGGGAUUCUGACCGUAGUGGGGCCAGACUUCGAUUUGCGGACACUCAGGGCAGUGAGAGUGUUGCGGCCUCUCAAACUGGUGUCUGGAAUUCCCAGUCUCCAAGUUGUUCUGAAGUCCAUCAUGAAAGCGAUGGUACCUCUGCUUCAGAUAGGCCUUCUGCUCUUCUUUGCUAUCCUCAUGUUUGCCAUUAUUGGUCUAGACUUCUAUAUGGGCAAGUUCCACCGCACCUGCUUCAGAAUCGAUACCGGGGAACAGGCAGCCGAAUUCCCCUGUGGCUCAGAACCACCAGCGCUGACGUGUGAGAAUGGUACCAUUUGUCGGGAAUACUGGAUCGGUCCAAACUUCGGCAUUACUAACUUCGACAACAUCCUGUUUGCUGUGCUCACUGUCUUCCAGUGCAUUACUAUGGAGGGAUGGGUGGACAUCCUUUAUAAUGCCAACGAUGCCUCAGGGAACACAUGGAACUGGCUCUACUUCAUUCCGCUCAUCAUCAUCGGCUCUUUCUUCAUGCUCAAUCUGGUUCUGGGGGUGCUGUCAGGGGAGUUUGCAAAAGAGCGAGAGCGUGUGGAGAAAAGGCAGGAGUUCCUGAAGCUGCGCAGACAGCAGCAGAUCGAGAGAGAGCUGACAGGCUACCUGGAGUGGAUCUGCAAGGCAGAGGAAGUAAUGCUUGCUGAGGAAGAUAAGAAUGCAGAAGAGAAGGAGGAUGGUGCCUGGUAUAAGAGGAAAUGCAACAACCCAGUAUUGAAGAGGGCCAAGAAGAGCAAAAAUGACCUCAUCAAUGCAGAGGAGGGAGAAGACCACUUCACUGACAUCUCAUCAGUCGCUCCCCAGGGCUCUCCAUUCACCCGUGCGAGCGUGAAGAGUAGCAAGAAUGAGAGCUCAUCAUACUUUCGUAGAAAAGAGAAGAGGUUACGGUUCUUCAUCCGCCGUAUGGUGAAGGCCCAGAGCUUCUACUGGACUGUUCUGUGUAUAGUGGGACUGAACACACUGUGUGUGGCUAUAGUCCACUAUAAUCAGCCUGACUGGCUCACAUAUGCACUGUAUUUGGCGGAGUUUGUGUUCCUUGGACUGUUUUUAAUAGAGAUGAGUCUGAAGAUGUAUGGCCUUGGGCCCAGGACCUACUUUCACUCCUCAUUUAACUGCUUUGACUUUGGGGUUAUUGUGGGAAGCAUUUUUGAGGUGAUUUGGGCAGCAGUAAAACCAGGAGCCUCUUUUGGCAUCAGUGUGUUACGAGCAUUGCGUUUACUGAGGAUAUUCAAGGUUACAAAGUAUUGGAAUUCUUUGCGAAAUUUGGUGGUGUCUCUGCUCAACUCAAUGAAGUCCAUCAUCAGUCUCCUGUUCCUGCUCUUUCUCUUCAUCGUUGUGUUUGCUCUGCUGGGGAUGCAGCUCUUCGGAGGACAAUUCAAUUUUGAAGAUGAGACCCCGACUACCAACUUUGACACUUUCCCAGCUGCUAUUUUGACAGUGUUUCAGAUUCUGACAGGAGAGGACUGGAAUGCUGUGAUGUAUCAUGGAAUCGAGUCCCAGGGAGGAGUGCACAGAGGAAUGUUCUGCUCUGUGUACUUUAUUGUGCUCACGCUGUUUGGAAACUACACUCUCCUCAAUGUCUUUUUGGCCAUCGCUGUUGAUAAUCUUGCCAAUGCACAAGAACUCACCAAGGAUGCGGAAGAACAGGAAGAGGCCAUCAGUAAGAAACUGGCUCUACAGAAAGCCAUGGAGGUAAAGGAGGUCAGCCCCAUGUCGGCCGCUAACAUUUCCAUCACAGCUUUUUUAAGGCCAAAACCUGGUGCUCUUUCAUGCAGCUCCUCCAACUCCAGCUCUCAUUCACCUAAAGAGCAGCAGCGCUCCCUGAAGAUGAUGUCUGUGUGGGAGCAGCGCACCUCCCAAAUCCGCAAGCACAUGCAGGCCAGCAGCGAGGCGUUGUACGAAGAGGAGCUCAACCCUCGCUUGACCUCCAACCUUCUCCUUCGCCCUGACAUCACGACCCACUUGGACCGGCCUCUGGUAGUUGAACCUCGCAGUGAUGGCUCCAUCAGCCCUCACAGAGGCAGGGACAAGCCCCAGAAACUGCAAGGGGAUGCCGGCACGCAGGAUGAAAGAGAUCCUCCUAUGAUGGAACCCCUGCAGUCCCAUCCACCACGCAAGCACCACCGUCACAGGGAGCGGCCUUCUAAUGAGACCAAUGAGAAUGGAGACACAGUCCACGGCAAAGAGGGCAGACAUCACGUUCAUCACAGCCGCAGUAAAGAGCAUGAUGGGACACUCUGGAAGGAGGGGAAGAGUGACAGGAGCCGGAGCCGAGAGGGGGGCCGCAGACACCACCACCAGAGCUCAGUGGAUGAGGGUGGAGAGAGAGAACAUCAGCACCAUCACUCCCACAGACACAACAAGGAGGGAAACGGAGUGGUCAGUGCUGGGGGGAAGAGUGAAAGGAGGUCCAGGCAUAAGGAGGGCUCACAUUCAGGAACAAGAGAGGAGGAGAGGUGCUCCAGAGGGGAGAAUGGAGGUAACGGAGGGAGGAGGCGGCACAGGCUGCGUACCAGUAAAGCUCAGUCCACACUGGAGGGAGAGGAGCAACUAGGGAAUGGAGAGAAUGAGGAGGGCAAAUCACACAGCCACAGAUGUGAAAGUGAGAAACCAGAAGACUCUGACAACAAGAGGAACGCUGGUCAGACUGGAGGAAUGAGCACACACAUUCCUGUGACCGUCACAUCUCCUCCAGGAGAGACGACCCUCAUACCCAUGAACAGUAUAGACAGCGAGACAGUGCCUAUGACUGAGAAGAAUCUGGAGGAUCUGAACCAGAGCAGCCCUCGUCCCAUCCUACCUUUCAGCUCAAUGUUCAUCUUCAGCCCAACCAAUCCGGUGAGGCGUCUGUGCCACUACAUUGUAAGUCUACGUUACUUUGAGAUGUGUAUCCUGGUGGUUAUUGCCAUGAGCAGUAUAGCCCUGGCUGCUGAGGACCCAGUCCAAGCCAAUGCCCCUCGUAACAACGUGCUGAAGUAUUUGGACUAUGUCUUCACUGGUGUUUUCACAUUUGAGAUGGUCAUUAAGAUGGUGGAUUUAGGUUUAUUACUGCAUCCCAGUUCGUACUUCAGAGAUCUAUGGAAUAUUCUGGACUUCAUUGUGGUCAGCGGUGCACUUGUGGCAUUUGCAUUCUCAGGGACAAAGGGCAAAGACAUCAGCACCAUUAAGUCCCUGAGGGUGUUGAGAGUAUUACGGCCUCUGAAGACCAUUAAACGUCUACCAAAACUGAAGGCUGUGUUCGACUGUGUGGUGAACUCCUUGAAGAACGUGCUAAAUAUCCUCAUUGUCUACAUCCUGUUCAUGUUCAUCUUCGCUGUCAUUGCUGUGCAGCUCUUCAAGGGCAAGUUUUUCUUCUGCACAGAUGAGUCCAAGUCCCUGGAUAAAGACUGCAGAGGGCUGUUCUUAGAUUAUGAAAAGGACGGGGUGGCAGCCCAGCCUAGGGUGUGGAGGAAAUAUGACUUCCACUAUGACAAUGUGUUGUGGGCGUUUCUCACUCUCUUCACUGUUUCCACUGGAGAGGGCUGGCCCACGGUUUUGAAGCACUCUGUGGAUGCCACAUUUGAGGACCAGGGUCCCAGUCCGGGCUACCGCAUUGAGAUGUCCAUCUUCUAUGUGGUGUAUUUUGUGGUCUUCCCCUUCUUCUUCGUCAACAUUUUUGUGGCCUUGAUAAUCAUCACAUUCCAGGAACAGGGUGAUAAGGCCUUGUCAGAGUGCAGUUUGGAGAAAAAUGAGAGAGCCUGCAUUGACUUUGCUAUCAAUGCCAAGCCGCUGACCCGUUAUAUGCCACAGAACCAGCAGUCUUUUCAGUACCGUUUAUGGAAGUUCGUUGUCUCUCCACCAUUUGAGUACUCCAUCAUGAUCAUGAUCGCUCUCAACACUGUGGUGCUCAUGAUGAAGUUCUACAAGGCACCUGACUUUUACGAGGCGAUGCUGAAGUAUCUCAACAUUGUCUUCACUGCUCUGUUUUCAAUGGAGUGUGUUCUCAAGAUUAUUGCUUUUGGCCCCUUGAAUUACCUGAAAGAUGCCUGGAACGUGUUUGACUUUGUGACUGUGCUGGGGAGCAUCACUGACAUCUUAGUCACUGAGAUUAACGUAAGUGACCGUCUGCUGAACCUGAGCUUCCUGAGGCUCUUCAGAGCAGCCAGACUCAUCAAGCUCCUCCGACAGGGAUACACCAUCCGCAUCUUACUCUGGACAUUUGUCCAGUCUUUUAAGGCCCUGCCUUAUGUUUGCCUUCUAAUCGCCAUGCUGUUUUUCAUCUAUGCCAUCAUUGGAAUGCAGGUGUUUGGGAACAUUGAGCUGAAUGAAGACACUGCCAUCAAUCAUCACAACAACUUUCGCACUUUCCUCCAAGCGCUUAUGCUGCUGUUCAGGAGUGCAACUGGUGAGGCCUGGCAUGAGAUCAUGCUGUCCUGUCUGGGCAAACGCACCUGUGACGAGCGCUCAGGCACCCACGGAAAGGAGUGCGGCAGCAACUUUGCCUACUUCUACUUUGUCUCCUUCAUUUUCCUCUGCUCCUUCCUGAUGUUGAACCUGUUUGUGGCUGUCAUUAUGGACAAUUUUGAGUAUCUGACACGUGACUCCUCCAUUCUGGGCCCUCACCACCUGGAUGAGUUUAUCAGAGUGUGGGCGGAGUACGACCCGGCUGCAUGUGGCUGUAUCAAGUACCUCGAUAUGUAUGAGAUGCUGCUCCACAUGUCCCCACCUUUAGGUUUGGGAAAGAAAUGUCCUCCAAGAAUCGCCUACAAGCGGCUGGUGAAAAUGAAUAUGCCCAUUGCAGAUGACAACACUGUGCACUUCACCUCCACUCUGAUGGCUCUGAUCCGCACUGCCCUGGAGAUCAAACUGGCAUCAGGCAUGGUGGCCCAGCGUCUGUCAGAUGCUGAACUGAAGAAAGAGCUCGCUACAGUCUGGCCAAACCUGUCUCAGAAGACUAUGGACCUGCUGGUCACCCCACAUAAACGUAAACAUAUUAUGAAUCACCUACCAGGAAGUCUUUCUUACUUUUCCAAUGAGCUUACAGUGGGGAAGGUGUAUGCAGCUCUUAUGAUCUUUGACUAUUACAAGCAGAACAGAGCAAAAAGGCUUCAAAUACAGCAACAGCAGCAAAGAGAACAAACAGGACAUGGAUCUCAGAAUAAAGUCAGUGCUCUCUUAGAGCCGAUUCUUCCUCUAACCCACAUGCAAGAUCAGGCCAUGAACAGUGUGGAUUUUCCCUCAGAGUUUCAAGCUCAAAUCAGAUCCAGCUCCACCACACUCAACAACGGACGCACACAUCUUGACAACACAAUUAAAGGAUCUUCAUCCUGGGCCUCAGAGAAGUCCAGGGAGGUCCACAGGUCAAAACGACGGCCAAUCUCGAGAGGUCAAUCAGAAGAAGCUUCAAAUGCAAAUACUGCCCAGGAGUCAGUAGAAAUGAGGAAGAUGGACAACAGUGCCAACACAGCGACUGCUGCCGGUCUGGAGGGCCAAGGGCGUGCAGUAUCCAUGCCAAAACUCAACACAGAGAUGCAGAGGAGUCACUCUCGUCACUUUCCUGGGACUUUACUGGAACCUAUCCCUGAUUCCCCCAUGAGACGCUCUGCAUCCACUUUUGCCCCACAGCGCCCUCGGGAGGUCAAUCUGAAUGACUACAUUCUGGAGAAACCUGUUCAAGAACGACAUCAUCACCAUCGUCACAGAUGCCAUCAUCGCAGGGACAGAGAUAAGAAACAGAGGUCACUGGACAGGUCACCAACUGGCCAACACAAAACUACAGGCACAGCAGCUGACCCCAUAGAGGAGAGGGUGCAUGACCGGGGUCGUUCCCAUGAGAGGAGGCACCAUUCGUCAUCCGCAGAGAAGCAGCGGUAUUACUCUUGUGAUCGCUACGGCAGCCGGGAGCACUGCAACAGCAAGUCUGCCGUGGCUAGCUGUGUCACCUCGCCCAGCGCGACCCAGGAGGCGAAUCUCAACAAGCAGGGCAGUGGGUGGGCUAAGGGGAGCCCGGUGUUGUUGACCUCAGAGGCGAGCACUCCAAGCCGCGGGCGCAGACAGCUCCCCCAGACCCCCCUUACUCCUCGUCCCUCCGUGGCCUACAGGACUGCCAACUCCUCCCCUGUGCACAUUCUGGGUGCUCAGGCUGGCUUGCCUCUCCCGAGUCUUGGCAGGCUAAGCCGCGGUUUGUCUGAGCACAACAGCCUCUUACACAGCGGCUCCAUCUCCAGCUCGCUGGCCCCCGUCAGUCGCAUUAACUCAGAACCCUUCCUGGGGCCCCCGGACCACCCUGCUGGCCAGCGCUGCUGCCUUCAGCCCGAAGCCUUUGCUGUCUUCCAAGAGGAUCUGAGCCCUCAGAUAGGCCGGUCUCCCAGGACUGUAGGGAUACCGAUUGUGGCUAUUCCCCCACCUCCCCAACAGCAGUUCCAUGGGUUGCCCAACGGAUAUCACUUCACCACGGGCACCAGUGCCAGCAGAGGCAGGGCAUGGCAGUACUACCCAGAGGCAGAGAAGAAUGACUGGUGCUAGCAUGGCUUUAAGUUACACACAUACUGUACAGGUUCUGAUGAUGUUUUGAUGCUUUUGAUGAGCUAUAUCUUUUAUAGAUAAUAUCUCUAAUUUUGUUAAAUGCUGUACUACAUGUUAGUGGACAUGUAUUUGUUUUGGAAUGUCCAGGUAAUAUAAAAUGUACACAAAUCAGCAGAUAUGAGAUACAAAAGAAGAAACCUACUUAACUUUAAAGGAAUAGUUCACCCAAUAAUGAACAUUCUGUCAUCAUUUACUCAUUCUCAUGAUUUUUCCAAACCCAUAUGACUUUCUUUCUUUUGUGGAACACAAAAGGAUUUUAGGCAGUUUGUUAGUCUCAGUCACCAUUCACUUUCAUUGCCACUUUUUCCAUACAAUGAAAGUAAAUGCUGACUGAGCCGGCCUGCCUAAUCUAAUGUCUCCUUUUGUGUUCCAUGAAAGAAAGAGAAUGGAACAACAUGAGGGUGAGUAAAUGAUGACAGAUGUUUCAUUUUUGGGUGUCUAUCCUUUUAAUGUAUUUCAGUCAGGCUACAUUGUUAGGUGGGUGAGGUUCAACAAUUCUCGUCUCUUCGCAAAUACUUGACAGUUCACGAUGUGAAAACACAGGCUCUCUUAAUCCUCUGCCAUGGUGAAGGAAACAGUAGUCCUCAAAUGCUAAAAUAUGCUUAUGUAAUCUGGGAAAAGAGUGACCCAUGUAACUCCAGUGCUUCUAAUGUAGACAGCAAUUGGCAUCUGGCCAGUUUCUUUCAAAGCCAGUCUCUGAGCUCCACUCUAAAUGCACAUUUUCCCAUGAAAAUGAAGUCUUGACAUUAUAUAUGUGGCUUUUUCAAGGUAAACCCCUUACAGAAGUGACUAGAAACACAAGCAACAUUCUAAACAAACAUGUUUAUUUUCAAAAAUGCAAAAUAGCAGUGCUGCCCUUUUUUUUUUUUUUUUUUUCAAAAGGCUGGUUCACACUGGUCCAACAAACAUAAACAAAAUCCAACAUUUCAAACAUUCUGUUGGCUGUUGGAUUUCGGCCACAUCCACACUAAUACAUUUUCCAUUGAAACCAUUUUCAGUUUCCUAACAUAAUUGUUUUCCAAAGUAUGCAGUGGCAGGGAGUGUUUUCAAAAGUCUCAGUUUUUGAUCAAGGAAAACACCGUCCCAGUGUAGAUGAGAGGCCUAAAAUGAGAGUUGAUUUAUUAACCAAAAAUGUAUUAGUGUGGACGUGACUUUAAAAUGUUGGGAAGCAUAACUGUCAUUGUCACACUGCCUCAACAAACACCAACAGGGAACACACUAAUAAAACAAAACCCAACAACUGUGUUUGUUGGUGUUUGUAGGAGUUUGUUGAGGCAGUGUGAACUACCCUUAGGAGAACUGACCAUGCUGACAGAUCUGUAGCCCCCUGAACAGUAUACAGUACACAUACCCCACAUGUCCCACCUGAUUUAUUUCACACUGUAAGCAGAUUGUUCAUUAUGCUGCUGUUAACAAUUCCUAGCACAUAUUACUAUGUGUGAAAUCUUUAAAAAAACAAAAACAAUGUACAAUUGUUGUAGAUAUUUUAUCUAUUCAUUCUGUGCUUUUUUGUAUUGUAAAGAUUAACUGUUUUACGCAAAUGGCUUAUGGCUUCACCAUACUGUCAGGUCUUACAGUUCAUAUCGACUGCUCCAGAUGUUAUUACCAAGUGCCUAACCUUUUGAAUACAUUGUAGUAGUGAUGCAACCUUAGCCUUUUUUAGUACAUCAACAUGUGAGAGCGUGAGAGAGUGAACUGAACAAGCCCUAAAAGGGUUAAAUAGAACUACAAGGUGUUACGAUCGCAGGCCUUAAUCAGAAGCAAAGAAUACAGUACCUUUGAUUUCACAUUUGGUUUUGAAUGGAUAGGACAGUAUGAUUGUUUUUGUUUUUUAAAUUCUUGUCUCCUUGAAUGACGUUUUUGUACAUUUUUAGUACUUGAUGAAAUGUUGAAAAUUCCAUUUCCAAAAGCAUAUAUUAGUAUGGAAUACCUAAAAAAAAAAAACUGCAGUAGUUGUAUAUUUGUCCAGGUGGGACUUUAUAACCACAGUUAUAAAAUUGCAUGUAAAAAAAAAGUCUUCAACUUGAUUGACCAUGGUUACGAAACUAUGAUGUAUAUUUAUGAUGUAUAUUUCCUGUCCUGAUGAAGAUGCUCAGCCGAGAGUACUGUACAUUGCUAUUUGCCUUCUCGGUUUGAUCUUUUAUGGUUAGAUGCAAAGACAGAACUGACACAAAGGUGUGUGUGCUUGACUUGUGUUUCAGGUUCUCUGAUAUGAGUGUGUUGUGUUGAGUCAAAGUCCUGGCAACAGUACAGUGGACUGGUCUGUGUUAAGGUUAAACUUUCCCCCUCAUGGCACUCCUCCAAGCACCCUGAGAAACCCACAAACACACUCACUGCUUUCAUUCUACCGCCAUUCCCCAUCUGCUAGCUGUAUAGAAAUAUGGUCGGCUCCCUUUUAUCACACUGGUAAAAUGAGAGGAAUAUUAGCUGUGUUAACCACUGAAUGGAGAAGGUGUGGUGGUCUGAGGGCAAAAAAACAACAACAACAAAAAAACUGCUGUAUUGGGACGCUGUUGUGUUUUAAUGGUGGCAAUUGAAAAGUAAUUCAUAGAAUAAGAGAGACUUAAAUGAAUAGUUCACCCAUAAAUGAAAAUUCUUUCAUUACUAACCCUAAUUGAUGACAGAAUUGUCACUGUUGGGUGAACUAUCCCUUGAAGUUGCCAUGGGCAAUAGGUCCAGUAUCAUUCAAAAUAAGUUCCACAUUAACAGAGUUUUGAGCUCCAGUCUACAUGCUGAUCUCUCUAUGUGAUGAAGAAUACUGUUGAAGUUUGGAGAGUUAAUAGGCUAAUCAGGUGAUUCCAUGGCCACUGAUGUAUCAGGGCUAUGUUGAAGGUGAUUGCUCCCCCUUUUUUUUUUUUUUUUUUUUUGGUUUAUGUAGGGCUAUGCAACAAGAUGACACUUUGAAAAUGUAUUUAAUUUAUUUCGUAGCUUUACCUGCUGUGAAAUCCAGAUUCAGGCUUUAGCAUGAUAGUGACCAAAUCUUUUCUAUAAAAAAAGUAAAAAAAAAAAAAAAACUAUGAAAAGGUAUAUUUUAGAAUGUAUAAAGGCACAAUGAAUAAAAAGCAGAAAUCUGUCAAAUAUCUAUAUAUUAAAAGAAAAACUACAAGUUUCUUUAUGUGCAUGCAUCAGAGAUAACCAGUUUGUCGUCGUCGUGGUGUUUGGGGGGGGGUGUCGUCGUCAAAUCAAGAGUCUGAAAACUGAUAUUUUUCUACACACUCUAUGAGGCUGAAGAAUACCGAGGUUAUAGGUUGUACUGAAAUUUUUCAGAUAUUGUUAUGAUUGUUGCAUAGUUAAAUUGUAACUAUGGAACAAAUCUUAUCACACCUAGCACAUCAAUUAUUAUCCUUCGGCAUGUUUCCAUAGUGGAUCUAGACUGUGGUUCAAUCACUAAAGUCAUUUCUUCAGAUACUCUUUGAUUUGAAGAAAAAAAAAAAAAAAAAAACAUAUUUAGCCACUGGAUCAUUUAUAAUUUAUUGCCAAAAUCUGAAUUGCUCUGUUCUCCCUGAACAUCAACCAGGCUUAAAUGUUGUGGUUUUCCUUGGAAGGAUUAAUGUUUGCAUGGUCUUAAAAUGCAUGUGCAUGAUGAAAUAACCAUUGUUUAUCUUCGUACUUUUUGAUACAAUGUAUUCUUUUUUGUUUUGUUUGAUAUUUUUAAAUGACCUUUGAUAUGAAUUAGGGAAUUUGUUGAAACAAAAACAUAAAAGAAAAAAACAUUUAUAAAUAAAAGAAAACAGUAUUGAUAUAUGUUGAAUGCCCUGUUCAUGCAUAAGAGCUGACAUAUCCUUUCUUUGGAUUCUGCUAAUGACUUGUUUGUAGCCUGAUUUCUGUUCCAUGGCCAGACUUUGAAAUCUGCAGUUGUUUCUACUAUAACAUUUUGUA